AUGUCGUGGUUUGGUAGAGCAACAUCAGAUACUCCAGUGGCAACAAUUUCUCAAAUUGAAUUAGAUAAUAAAAUUAUUGAAGCAACAUCAGAAUCUAUUCCUAAUGGAGAAAUUGAUUUAUCAAUAGCAUUUGAAAUUACUGAUUUAAUUCGAUCUAAAAAAAUUCUGACGAAAACUGCUAUGAGAUCAUUGAAAAAACGAUUAAAUUUAAUUUAUUUAAAUCCAAAUUUAUUAUUAUCAAGUUUAAAAUUAAUUGAUUUAUGUAUUAAAAAUUGUGGAUUUGCUUUUUUAAUUGAAAUUAGUUCUAAAGAAUUUAUGGAUUAUUUAAUUGAUUUUAUAUUUAAAAUUCAUUACAAUACUAAAGAAUUGACAUAUGAUAGUCAUAGAAGUGAUGGUGGUGGUAAUGGUAAUGGUGGUGGUGAUGUUGGUGAUGUUGGGAAUAAAAUCAAAAUUGGACAAACCAUUUUAUCAUAUUUACAAAAUUGGAAAAUUAUAUUUGAAAAUCAACAACAAUUACAAUAUGUUGAAAAAAAAUAUCAAGAAUUAAAAAAUCAAGGAUUUGAAUUCCCUAAUAAACAUACCAAUUAUAAUGAUUAUGAUGAUCAAAUUAUACAAUUGAAUAGUAAAUUUAUUGUUGAUUCAGAAGUUCCACCUGAUUGGGUUGAUAAUGAAGAAUGUAUGAUUUGUUAUUCACCAUUUUCAAUGCUUAAUAGAAAACAUCAUUGUCGUGCUUGUGGAGGAGUAUUUUGUCAAAAUCAUUCAAGUAAUAAUAUCCCAUUAGUUAAUUUAGGAAUUAUGGAACCAGUAAGAGUUUGUGAUAAUUGUUUUGUCAAAUAUGAUAAAUCGAAAAAUCAUUUGAGAAAUGAAAAUAAUCUUCUGAGAUCAAUUCAAAAUGAUACAUAUGGUUCAAGAAGAUCAAGAAAUGAUCAGGUUAAUGUUGUUGUUGAUGAUGAAGAAGAACAAAUUAGAAAGGCAAUUGAAUUAAGUCUAAAAGAAUCUAGUGGUACAGAAUCAAGACUUCCACCACCAGUUGAAAAUACAGAACCAGAAACCAUUAGUAAUGAUGAUGAUGAUGAUGAAGAUGAAGAUGCUCAAAUGAAGGCAGCUAUUGCUGCAAGUUUGAAAGAAUAUGAAACAGAAAAAUCACGAUACUCACAAUAUCAGCAACCUCAAUCAACCAAUCAACCAACUCAACCAACUCAACCAGAACUGGACUUGUAUAAUAUUAGUUUCCCGACUUUUUCAUCUUCUUCAAAUUAUCCCCAACCACAAUUUACCGCACCACUACCACCACCACAGAACCAGCAGCAACAACAACAACAACAAAUUUCUUCUACUGGACAAUCAGUACAACCACAAGAUUUAUCACAAACUGAAGAAGAACAAAUCAAUUUAUUUAUCACAUUAAUGAAUAAUAUUAAAAAUGAUUCAAGAAAACAAAAAGAUAUUAUGUAUGAUUCCAAUUUAAAUGAAUUAUAUGGUAAAGUAAUUAAAUUUAGACCUAAAUUAAAUAAAUCUUUAAGAAAUUCAAUUGAAAAAUAUGAAACAUUUUUAGAAAUGAAUAAUAAAAUAUCAACUAUAACUAGAUUAUAUGAUCAAUUUUUGGAACAAAAAUUAAAUAUGGCAUAUGGGAAUCAUCAUAUUAAUACAUUGCCAUUACAGCAACAAACAGAGAAUCAAUUCACUGGUGGUCAACAACAACAACAACAACAACUUCAUCUUCCUGCACAAGGAACUGGAUAUCUUCGUUAUGGUUCUGAUAUUAAUGUACCUCAACAACAGCAACAAGCAGUUUCACCAAUUUCACCUAAUGAAUUUUAUAAUAAUUUACCACAACAUACUGGAUUUCAAAAUUAUCCAUCAUAUCAACAAAAUCAAGGUCCUCAAAUUGAUAAUUCAUAUCUUUCACAACAACCAUCAGGAGCUUCCACUAAGCAGCAGCAGCAGCAGCAGCAACAACAGAAACAACAACAACAGAAACCACCGACACAAACAUAUCCAACACAAUUACAACCAUCUGAACCUGAUUUUGAAGAUGAUAGAGAUGAAAAUGAAAAUGAAAAUGAAUCGGUUAAUACUCCUCGAUUCAAAGUAUCAACUUCUAGUGGUGGUACUCGUCCAGUUUAUCCAACAAAUGAUUUUAUUCCUGAUCCAUACAACAAUAAACUGACUACUAGUGCUACCAUCACAACUAAUGGUGAAGAUAAUUAUGUAGCGGUUUCAUUACCUCAUUAUCCUCCACCAGAAGAUUUAAAUAAUGAAUUACCACCUCAACAACAUUAUGUUAGACGAGCAUCAUCUUCAUUACCAGCAAAUGCUUAUGAAGAUGCAAGUUUAAAAUAUCCUACAUUAGAAAAUGUUGAAUAUGAUUAUAAUAAGAAAAAGAAACGGGAAGAGGAAGAGGAAGAGGAAAAUCAAAAUAAAAAUCAACGACAACAAUCAGAUAAAGCUAAAAUUAAAGAAAAUGAUUUCCCUGAUAUUUCUAAAGUAUCACAAUUCAAUAGACAUGAAGAAGGAGAGGAAAGAAAAAGAAGUAGCAGUAGUGAAAAUAGUAAUAAGAAAUAUGUUGUUGAACCAGAACCAUUAAUUGAAUUAUAA